AUGACCGCAACUUUAAUAUACCGAAUCUUCCACUUUCUACAUAUAACUAUUGACAUUCGAAACGUCUGUGUGUUCCUGGCGCCGGCUUUUUCAAGUUUCACUACUUUCAUCACUUUCAUGUUGACAAAGGAAGCGACUGACACCCCAUCUGCUCUGGUAGCCGCCGCUCUUAUCUCAAUCGUUCCGGGUUAUACCAGUAGAUCGGUUGCUGGGUCUUAUGACAACGAAGGAAUUGCAAUUUUCUGUAUGCUCCUCACAUUCUAUUUUUGGAUCAAGGCCGUAAACACCGGCUCUAUUCUCUUUGCCUCCUUGACUGGACUAGCUUACUUUUAUAUGGUUUCAUCGUGGGGUGGCUACGUAUUUUUGUUGAACACAAUACCGUUGCAUGUCUUGGCACUCAUGAUUUCCGAUCGCUUUUCCCACCGAAUUUAUGUCGCAUAUUCCAUCUUUUACUGCAUUGGAACGCUGCUAUCGAUGCAAAUACCGUUUGUUGGAUUUUUGCCGGUCUUGUCAAGUGAACAUAUGGGGGCAUUUGGAGUUUUUGGACUUUGCCAGUUGUUCGCCUUUGCUCAAUACAUCCAGUCUAAAACUACUAGAGAACGGUUUCUUCAAUUACUUCGUCUUGCUGUGUCUACACUAGGGUUCGCUAUAUGGAUAGCAGCCACGGCAUUGUAUUUUUCAGGCAAGAUCGCACCGUGGACUGGACGAUUCUACUCUCUGCUCGAUCCUAGUUAUGCCAAAAAUUACCUGCCAAUUAUUGCAUCCGUCUCCGAACACCAACCUACCGCAUGGAGUUCCUACUUUUUUGAUCUUCACGCUAUGACCAUCUUCUUCCCGGUGGGCCUUUAUUACUGUUUUAAAAAACUCACCGAUCCCUCCAUCUUCCUUAUCAUGUACGGGAUGCUCAGUCUUUAUUUCUCUGGCGUAAUGGUCCGGCUUAUGCUUGUGUUGGCUCCUAUUAUGUGCAUCUUAUCGGGCAUUGCUGUCUCCAACAUAUUCCGCGCAUUCAUUCCAAAUAUUGAGGACUCGAAACCUACCUCGGCGGAUAGCUCUAUCCAAAAACGCCUAUCCACUUCUGCCAAGUCCUCCAAGACCGUCUCUGAUCCCACAUAUCCCUUUAAGAGUCAAGUUGCCUACCUCGUGGUUUUCGCCGUCGUUAUUACCUUGGCAGUAUACAGUCAGCACUGCGUUUGGGUCACAUCGAACGCGUACUCCUCGCCAAGCAUUGUCAUGUCCGCCCAACGUCAAGAUGGAUCCCAGGUGCUAUUUGAUGACUACAGAGAAGCGUACUACUGGCUUCGUCAGAACACCCCUCCGGUAAGUCUGACUUCCGACCGCCUUUGGUCGAGUCGCACAUAUACUUAUAAAUUGCUCGUAGUUAUAUAG